CCCCUGUAAUCGUCCGUAUCUAGCGCAAUGAAUCCCGCGAUGGCGUCAGCACCGAGCUAUAUCUCGCAACCGUAGCGUAAGAAACCACGCGGCCGCCUCAAUACCAUUGACCAAUAAAACCCCAGAAAACCAAAUGAAUAUCCCACGUAUGAUAUAGUAACUGCCCCUCACAAUAAAUAAAAUAAAACCACACCUCUAUCCCUACCCCUCUACUCUUCCAAUCCACGAAACCCUACCCAACCACCCCUCCUACCAGACCCCAAAACCAAAAACAUGACCCAACCAAACAUCCUCUUCCUCAUGGCGGACGACCACGCCUCAAAAGCCAUCUCCGCAUACACCCCCCCGCAACACCCCCCCCUCAACAGCACCCCCCACAUCGACCGUCUCUCCCACGAAGGGAUGAAAUUCAACCACUGCUACGUGACCAAUUCGAUCUGCACGCCGAGUCGCGCGACCAUUCUCACUGGGACACAUAACCACGUCAAUGGGGUCUUGACCCUAGCCGAUAAGAUAAAUAACCGGCUACCGAAUGUCGCGAAACAUUUACAGAGUGGCGGGUAUCAGACGGCGAUGAUUGGGAAGUGGCAUCUCGGGGAGGGACGGGAGAAUCUACCGACGGGGUUCGAUUAUUGGAGUGUCUUGCCCGGGCAGGGAAGGUAUUUUGAUCCGGAGUUUAUCAGUAUCCCCCCAAACCCUAGGAAUGAGAAGGGGAAUGGUGGGGGGAUUAAGAGUGUGGAAAAAGGGUACGCGACGGAUAUCAUCACGGAGAAAAGUCUCCAAUGGCUCAACGAACGGGAUGUCAAGAAGCCGUUCUUCCUCAUGUGUCAUCACAAGGCGCCGCAUCGGUCGUGGGAAUGUCGACCGGAUCAUCGGGGGCUGUAUACGGAGGAUGUGGCAUUGCCGGAUACGUUCAAUGAUGAGUAUAAGAAUCGGGCGAAAGCGGCGGGGGCCGCGAAGAUGCGGAUACAGAGUGAUAUUACGUAUUUUGAUCUGGGGUUGGUGCAGCCCGAGGGGGGGGAGGAGGUGGGGGAGUUAUUCCUUGGUGGCGAUCGGAAGAUCCCCGAUGUGAGGGAUGAGGAGAUUGCUGGGUUCAAGUUGGUGGAUAAAGAUACCGCGGAGGUGUUUACCUUCGCCAGUGCUGCGGAGUUGAAGAAGUUCAAGUACCAGCGGUAUUUGAAACGGUAUUUACGAACCAUCCAUUCGAUUGAUGAGAAUGUCGGCCGAUUGUUGGAUUAUCUGGAUGAGGAGGGAUUGACGGAGAAUACCGUCGUGAUGUAUACCUCCGAUCAGGGGUUUUUUCUAGGAGAACAUGGAUGGUUCGAUAAGCGGUUCAUGUACGAGGAGUCGUUCCAGAUGCCGUUUCUCAUUCGCUAUCCGAGGUUGAUUCAGCCGGGGUCGGUCUGUGAGGAUAUUAUCUCCAAUGUGGAUUUCGCGAGGACGUGGUUGGAGUUGGCCGGGCUGCGCGUGCCGUCGUAUAUGCAGGGGGUCUCGUUUGUGCCGUUGUUGGAGGGCCGCACGCCAGCUGGAUGGAAGCAGGUCGCGUAUCAUCGGUAUUGGAUGCAUCGGGAUACCAUCCACAAUGCGUAUGCGCAUUAUGGGGUCCGCAAUCAGCGGUAUAAGUUGAUUUAUUGGUAUGCGGAAGGGUUUGAUCUGCCCGGGACGCAGGAGGGCGGCCAGCCGAGGGAAUGGGAGUUGUUUGAUUGUGUGGAGGAUCCAUUGGAACUGUUUAAUGUGUAUCAGGAUCCGAAGUAUAAGGAUGUGGUGGUGGAGUUGACGCGGUUGUUGGAGGAGACCAUGUUGGAGAUUGGGGAUAUUCCGGUGCAUUGAUUACCGCAAGGGUGUGUACAUAUGUAUAUGAGUGAGAUAUAG